GCAUUUUGGAGUGAGAAGGGUCUCUCUCUCUCUCUCUCUCUCGCCUCUCCCUGGCUCGGUUGCCUUCCUCCCUUUCCCUCCCCUCCUGUAUAGGUGAACCUGUCUUCAGCUUUUCCUCCUCAUCAACAUUGGCAGAUUUCAAAACAAGAACAACAACAAUCCCCCCCACACACCUACACUGAUAUCUUUAAAACCUUUGGUGCGCGCGCCCUGGUUUUUUUUUUUUGGGGGGGGGGGGUGUCCGGAAGGGAAGAAAAAGCGGGGCGGCGAAGGAGGAGCGGGGGCAGCGCCGAACCCAGAGCGCCAGAGCUUUCCUCCGUCUGCCUUCUCCACGGAAGCACAGUCCACUAUGAUCCUACCCGCCUUCAGCACUGCAACCCGGGGGGAUUUCGUGCAUCAUUCCAGGGUGUUUUUCUUGCAAGCCUUGCUUUGGAUUUUAUGCGCUACUACUGGGUGCAGAGGGGAGCAGUAUUUCAAUGUAGAGGUGUGGUUACAAAAGUACGGCUAUCUUCCACCAACUGACCCUAGAAUGUCCGUGCUACGCACUGCAGAGACAAUGAAAUCUGCUAUAGCUGCUAUGCAGCAGUUUUAUGGCAUUAACAUGACAGGAAAAGUGGACAGGAACACAAUUGAUGAUAUCACCUUAAGUUGGAUGAAGAAGCCUCGUUGUGGUGUGCCUGAUCAGACAAGAGGCAACUCUAGAUUUAAUAUUCGUCGAAAACGAUAUGCAUUAACAGGACAGAAAUGGCAACACAAACAUAUCACUUACAGCAUAAAGAACGUCACUCCCAAAGUAGGAGAUGCUGAAACCCGUAAAGCAAUUCGCCGUGCCUUUGACGUGUGGCAGAAUGUAACUCCUUUGACGUUUGAGGAAGUUCCUUACAUUGAACUAGAGAAUGGCAAACGGGAUGUGGAUAUCACUAUCAUUUUUGCAUCAGGUUUUCAUGGAGACAGUUCUCCCUUUGAUGGGGAGGGAGGAUUUUUGGCUCAUGCGUAUUUUCCGGGGCCAGGAAUUGGAGGAGACACUCAUUUUGAUUCUGAUGAACCAUGGACUUUGGGAAACCCUAAUCAUGAUGGAAAUGAUUUGUUUUUAGUUGCAGUUCAUGAACUGGGACAUGCCCUAGGCUUGGAGCAUUCCAAUGACCCUACUGCCAUCAUGGCUCCUUUUUACCAGUACAUGGAAACCGACAACUUCAAACUACCUAAUGAUGAUUUACAGGGGAUCCAAAAGAUAUAUGGUCCACCUGACAAAAUCUCACCACCAACAAAACCUCUGCCAACAGUGCCCCCUCAUCGCUCUGUCCCUGCAGUAGACCCACAGAAGAAUGACAAACCUAAGCCUCCCCGGCCACCAACGGGAGACAAGCCUUCCUACCCUGGAGCCAAACCCAACAUCUGCGAUGGAAAUUUUAACACUCUAGCCAUUCUUCGCAGGGAAAUGUUUGUUUUCAAGGAUCAGUGGUUUUGGCGUGUCAGAAACAACAGAGUGAUGGAUGGAUACCCCAUGCAGAUUACCUACUUCUGGAGGGGACUACCUCCAAGUAUUGAUGCUGUUUAUGAAAACAGUGAUGGGAACUUCGUAUUCUUUAAAGGUAACAAGUUUUGGGUCUUCAAGGACACUACUCUCCAACCAGGGUAUCCACACGAUCUGAUAACAUUGGGUAGUGGGAUUCCACCCCAUGGUAUUGAUUCAGCCAUUUGGUGGGAAGAUGUCGGAAAAACCUACUUCUUCAAAGGAGACAGGUACUGGAGAUAUAGCGAAGACAGAAGAACUAUGGAUACUGGUUACCCAAAACCCAUCACAAUCUGGAAAGGUAUCCCAGAAUCACCUCAGGGAGCCUUUGUCCACAAAGAAAAUGGCUUCACGUAUUUCUAUAAAGGCAAAGAAUACUGGAAAUUCAACAACCAGAUGCUCAGGGUGGAACCUGGAUAUCCCAGAUCCAUCCUCAAGGAUUUUAUGGGUUGUGAUGGGCCAGCAGACCGGGACAAAGACCGACACAGCCCUCAAGAUGACGUAGACAUUGUCAUCAAAUUGGACAACACAGCUAGUACUGUGAAAGCCAUAGCCAUUGUCAUUCCUUGCAUUCUGGCCCUGUGCCUCCUCGUCUUGGUUUACACUGUGUUCCAGUUCAAGAGGAAAGGAACACCCCGCCACAUACUGUACUGCAAACGCUCUAUGCAAGAGUGGGUGUGAUGUAGGGUUUUGGGUUUUUUUCCCCCUUCUUCUUCUUCUUCUUCUUCCUCUCCCUCUCCCGGGAGUUUGUGGUAACUUGAGAAUCAACAAAAGAGCUGUUAUGCAGUUUCCUACCUAGAAGCAGGCACCUGUCUGCCUCAACCAGGGCUGAUAUUUAAAACCCCGGGAGGCUGCCUGCCCUGCACAUGAGUGAGAGUUCACUCCAGUGGGAAGCUUCCAUCAUACACGAUAUCUGCCGUCCCUUCAGUCCUUCGUCUUUCUUUGCCAUUCGGUUCUAGCCUUUCUUCUGCACGCUCAAUACCCAAUGCAAAACUAUUAGGAUUUUCAUCAAGAAGAGGAAAUGGAACAAGGAAACAACAACAGUCAUGUGGGCAAGACACUCUAGUGUCUCUGUUGGGGCUGUUUCUGUCCCCUUUAAAGCCUGCUCCCCUUUGAAAGAGUUUUGCGCGAGGUUUUAAAAAAAAAGAAGAAGAAAAGAAAGAUGUAAUCAAUUUUUUUAAAAGUGAAGAGAUACAACUUUAACACAACAAUCGCAAUGGAACUUUCAGGAAGUGUGAAGACCCAAAACAGCUUUGUCUCCAAAGAGGAUUGCUUUCUGUCAGCUAUGGAUAUAUAAGUCCUAUACUCCUACACACAAUUUUUGUCAAGUGGGAGAACAGGAUGACACACAGGAAUUCAGACUGUUUGGACAGCCAUUUUCCAACAAACAAGGGGCCAAAAUAUCUGCAAUAUAGUAACAGCCUUAAUGAUAACAUUCAUUUUGUGUUUUAUACAGCUGUUCUGACUAUGUCCUCAAUGUUUUAACACAUUUAUAUUCAUUACUAUAUUCAGAUAGUAUCUUUUUUAUUGAUUGGUUUAACUUUUUGUUGGUUUCUUGCCUCCUCCUUUUGUUUAUUUUCACCCUGAGCUGUACCAGGCGAAAAGCCCCAGGCCUUCCACAGGUCUGUCAGGAACAUUUAUUUUGAAAUGUUUUGCUGAAAGCAGCAAGUUCCUAAGUACAGUGCAGUCAACUAAAGUGGCAAUGUUGAAGGUAUACAAAAUGCUAGUAUAAUUUACUUUAUGGGUGACCCUUUGAGAACUACGGGAUCAGUUUUUUCAGGUCUCAGACGGCUCAUAUGGGCUGGCCUAAAAUGACAGGAAUGCACAGGUUUUAGUUUCUGAAGUUUAUCUUGUGAUUUGAGAAAAGGGCUACUAUUCCAUUGGUGGCUGAAAAACCAUAUCAGAUCUGCAGAGCCUCUUGCUCCCUCCAUCUCAGCAUCACUGCCUUCUUCUGUACCCCUCUCUGCCGCUUCUCUUGGCUGAGCAUGCACUAGUUGUGGCUGCCUCACUUAUGACACUACACCGUACCGUAACAAAAUGGCAGCUGUAACCAGUGCUCCAUCAGUCAUGUAGUUUUGCAGGUAUAUGGAAUAGUUGUGGUUAAAGUUGAUAGGUCUGCCUGGGAAAGUGUGUUGGCCCACUACAAAACUGGAAUAACAAUGAGCAAAAUGUUAAGCAUUGAUUGCAUUAUAGGCGACUGAAGAUAUAUAUUUGCUGGCUAGUUUCUAGUAAUUCACUGUGUUCAGAUUUUAAGUGGGUACAGUUUUAUAGCUUAGCCUCCAUAUACUCAGUGGGUUUGUGCCAAUUCAUGCCAGCAGCCCUUCCCUGACUCAGCUGCUCUUUUUCUCCCAUCACAAUUGACCUCAUGCACUAUCAGUUCCCAGUCUCCCAUCAACAAACACCGACUUCCCUUGUGCUGUUUGCAGUAUGUGUGCUCAGUGAUAUUUUUGUUUGUUUUUAAAAAUCAGUGAAUGCAAACAAACAUGGCAGCAUUCACUUUGGGUGUCUCCCUGUUUAUCAGCAUGCACAUGAAUUUUUAUUUGUACUGUGCUUAUCUGAGCAUUCACAGUAUAUUUGCCAGCCACACUGCCUGGCCCUGAAGACUUGGCAACAGCUAAGACUGGAGACAGACAGUUGUGUUUUUCAGCAAAUCAAAGAGUAGUAUGAUCUGGAAGGCUCCGUUGCCUAUGGAGUACAUUGUCUCUGUUCACCGGUUUUGCAGUUGUUUGUUGCACUGCAGAAGCUGUUUACUAGAAAUGACAGCAGAACAAAAGGAAUGAGUGCGUAUGCCCUGGGAGAUGACGAUUCUGUCGUACAACUUUCAACACUCACGAAAACAUUUAUUUGUUUUUUCUCCAGCCUGAAAGAAGCAAGAGCUUGGGGUUUGAUGAUGGGAUUGAUGGAGCUCCUUUGUCCAGGAAUUGGCUUAAUUUUUAAAAUUUUGCUCUGCUAGACUGUUUAAUUUUUUUUUGUCUUCUAAUUAAGCUUUGAGUAUGGUUAUUGCAUUUGCCUUUGGAACAUGGGUACACAAUGGUGUAAUUAGCAGUUUCCGUGAGAACUUGAAAGCAACAACUCUGACUCUGCAGAGGUGCUGUUCUUGCAGUCCCCAAAGUAUUGCCAUUUGGGUACUUGCCUUAGUUCUCAAAGGGUCAAUGAAACCUCUGGCAUUUAGCUGUGCAUUCAGUCACUGACAGAAGCAAGGGACCACCAAAGCAUUGUGUCAUCAUAUGUAACUUUUUGCUAACAGCAGUAUUGUCAUUUUCAUGUGACCUGCAGAGCAGGUUAUGUAUCAAUAUUUUUUCCUAGAGAAAAGUCAGCAACUGACAGACCUCUUCUAUUGAUUUUAGGAGCUGCUUCUUGCAGUGACAGGCUUUUUACAGUCACUGGGCUGUGAAUUUAUUAAAGGUGUUCAAAAAGAAAUACACCCCAGACGUCAGAAACCUGGCUUUUUAUGAAAGCUAGGAUUCCAGGGGAGUAGCUUUUGAAACAAUGAACAGCUUGCCUUGAACUUUAUUGAUCUGUUGAUUGUCAUUACUAAGUUAAACAUUGUCUUCUGUGGGGAAAAUAACCCUUUGCUGUCUGAAUUACCUUAUGUGUACUGUUUUUGAUGUCUUUGCUCUUUGACCUUUAACAUGCAAACUGGCACAAGCUCAAUGGGAAAUACGGUGUUGCUGUUCCAUGUGGAUUCGGCCUAGGCUUUCACAACUACAACAAAAGGCCGAUUUCAUGUGGUGACCAAAUAGUCGCCUAUGUUUUGUUAGAGAAGACAGUGGGCUCAAUGCACUGGGAAGUCCCCCUCCCAAGUUGGAUGGAGGUAAAUAGCAGGCGUGUGGCAUCCUUCUUCCUCAGCUCGCAUUUAAUUAGUUAGGGGGAGCUGUAGGAGAAUUUCCCAAUGGAAUGUGCCUAGUAUUUGUAGCAGAAUGGAAAAGUUGCUAUGUAUACAUGCACGCUCUAAAAAUGAACUGCAGUGGAAGCAAAUUUCUAUUUAAUUUUGGUGCAAUUUUCUGUAUAAAACCUGCCCUUGCUACAAAUGACUUGCUAUAAAUAAUGAUGUUCAAAAACACACAAAUGUGCAAAAAUACUUGAAAACAGCCUUCAUUGGCUUUCUGUCAAAGUUUUUUUUAUACUAGACUCAAGACAGUUUCUUACUGAUUUCCUAAUCCACAUUACUGAAUCAUUUUUUAGAGAGUGUAAGUAUAUAUACAUAUAUUAAUUUUUUUGGUAAUGAAUAGCUCGACUGCCUUGAAUUUAUAUUUAUAUUGAGCAUAGCAUGAAGAUUAGUAUGCCUUUUUAUUCAAUUAAACAUGAUUUGGGGUUUUGUUUUAUUUUGAACUGAGGGUUUAUUUUAUAACUGUGUGAGGCAUGCUAUACAGCAUUGCAGGGGGCUGGGUUUCUUUCAAGCAUAAACAGAUAUAUGGAUGGAUAACAAAGAUUAGAAGUCAUGGAUUGCUUAAUAGCACAUAUGCAAUGCAAACAAUGUUUUGAAGCCUCUCAGAGGUACUGUAUGGAGUAUGCUAAAAGUUGCACCGGUAUGAGAUCAAUACAUUACCUUCGUAUAUACAUUUCCAUUAGUACACACAUACAGCAGCUUACUACAUCUGUGAACAUAGAAUCAUUUGGGAAUUCUUCAUUUUUCUUCACCUUAAAACAUGGCUAUAGCUAUCUUUUUUUUCAGACAAAAAUCUAGGAAGUAUAUUCUGCUACAAGCAAUGCUCCCCUCCCGUUGCCCUAAUAUUAUUCUUUGAUAAAUGAAAGUUAGAUAAAUUUGAUUAAUCUGCUUUAGCUGUAUUUUACUCUAGCCAAUGAGUUGGAUCUGGACUUAUUCAUACUUAGACCACUAAGAUCAGUUGAUCUAUUCUUAAGUAUGACUAAGAUUACAUCCAACCUGUAAGAUUUAUGUUACUCAGAGAGUCCAAAAUAAGAUAAACGCUGACUUACAUGUAAAUUAUGACAAUCCUAGACACAUUUUGUAAAUGUCCAAAAACUCAGGUAAACUAUUAGCGAAUGGGGAACAUCAUUUACUUUAUUCAUGACAUACAGUAGUGCCUCGCAUUACGAUGUUAAUUCGUUCCAGCGAAAU